AUGAUGUUAUCAAAUGAAAUUAGGUUAAGAAAUAGCAUCGCACUGGAAAAAAAAGCAUCGCGGGGCAAUGAAAAUUUAGAAGGGAAGACAUUGCCCAGGAAACAAAAUAUUAGAAGAGAAUUCGUUUGGUUUAAAGAUCUAGGUCCAACAAAAUUAGAAGCAACGCAAGAAGACAUAGAAGAAGUGGUUACAGCGGAAGCAGAAACACAAGACCCACACGACACAGCCACGAUAAAUAUUGGAACAGAUGAUAAUCAGACAGAAAACAUGAUACCCGUAACAAUAGACGAAUACGAGAAGUUGCAUAAAGCUACUGUGAAGGGGGAUUGGUAUAAAGCAGAAAGCAUAAUAAGAAACAAGAAACAUGCAGUGGAAUUGGAAAUGAGCAAAGACGGCAGCACAAUACUUCACUUGGCUGUUGGAAUAGGUCAUAACGAAUUUGUGGAAAAUUUACUUUGGUAUAUAAAAGAUGGAGACUUAUGUAAAAGGAGAAGUUCUGAUGGAAGCACAGCCCUCCACAUCGCUGCAAUUGUUGGGAAUAGAUAUGCAGCGCAUCUCUUGGUUGAUAAAGACAAAAGCUUGUUACUAAUUAAAGACCAUAAAGGCAAUGAAGCAUUGCAUAAAGCUUAUGAAAAUAUGCAUCUUGAUACCUUGGUCGCUUACUUCACUCACCCUCAACUUCACCCUACUGUGCAAAUAGGGGAUGACCUUCUUGUUAGUUUUAUUUCUGCCCACGAAUUCAAUCUAGCAUCGGAAUUAAUUGAAGAUUUUCCUAAAUUUGCUGUGAAAACUGAUGGAAACACUUAUCUAUCCAUCGUUGGACUGUAUCUGGGAAGCACUAGAGAAUGCAACAAUAAUGGUUUUCGGGUCAUUUCUGAUUAUCCCGCUCUUUAUACACAGUUUCUUCGUGGUGGAGGAUGACGCUAUCCCAAAAUGGAGCAGUUACCCAUUCAAGGAUUUAUUAUUAUAUUUUGAACUCAAAGCGAAGUCUAUUCUGCUGAUAACUUUUUUGUUCUUUUGCAGUUCUAGUGGUGAUACCUUUCUUCGUCGGUGGUUUGAUAUAUUUCCUCAUAUCAGUGGUUUGUUGCAUAUAUUAUCUUUUGUGGAAGGCUUUAUCGGUGAUAGGUAAGAGCAUGUGCAGUCAAUCCACUUAUUGCAACUUGGUUAAUUUGAAAUCUAGGUAAAUUCUAAAAACUAAGAUGGUGUUUCUUUUCACUCAGUUGACUUAAUGGGGAUCCAAC